GUUAUAUAUUUCAAGUAAGUUAUUAUACUCAAGGAAGGUAUUUUUUGUUUUGCACUAGUUGCCCAAGAUAUAUACAUCAUAAAUUCAAAGUUUGAAGCAAUGAAACACACUUUGUAAAAAAUGAACGUAACUAUAAAUCGAGGCUGUUAUAGAAAAAACACAAAAAACCUUUACACACGUGCAUCACGAUUCAAAAUCAUGUGCAAUUGAAACUGGGAACAAAGUAGUUUUGUAAAUAAGGUCGUUUCAGUGAAAUGUGUAUGUGUUUUUUUAACUCUUUUUUUAUCUUUUCCAAUAAAAAAAAAUAAAAAAAAAUCCAAAUGUGUUUUAUAUCUUCGGAAAGGUUUUUUAAUACACUUUUAAAUGAUAUAAGAAUAAAAAAAAUGUUGGGUUAAAUUUUUUGUAAAAAGCAAAUUUUAAAAAUCCUACUUGUUCCUUUACAGUAGACCUAAUGUUAUUUAAAUCCUUUCUAUUGUCACUUUUCUAUAAUCAGCAUCUUAUAGAAGGUAAGGUUAUAAUACAAAUAAUAAUAAAGCCUGUCUGUGUUGUAGUAACGUUGUUUUGUGACUACUUGACUGAUUUGUGAGCAAACCAACCGAGAUGCAUUCACAGCAACUUCAAGGAUUUUGUACUGUUUAAAAAUAAAAUUUAUUAGGCAUGUUUAGGUUAAGUUUCGUUCAUUUAUAUAUUUUUUUUUAUUUUCACUUAUGAAAAAUAUACUUGAAAUGAUGCAGUGACUCAGACAAACUUAGGUCAAUUUAUGGCGAAUAUUUUAGGGAAUCUUAGGCAUUUUUUCUGUUCAAAGUCUGUCUAAACCAUGUAAAAAGUUACUUUAAAUAAUUUGAAUAAGAUUAUAGACACUAGCACUAAAUUAAUUAAUUUUUUAAUUUAUUUUGAUAUAAAUAUUAUUUAGAAUCACCGAAUCCCUUAAGUUUAUCAUACUUUGGAAUAGGACUCAAAAAGUUAAUGAAAAGUGUUGGUUUAUAUGAAAAAAAUUGUGGUAAAAAUAUUAAAAGUCCGUAUUAUUCGUCAAAAGAGGAUUGUUUCCUUUUCCACACGAAAGAAGCUUUUUGUGCAUCAAAAGGCUUAUAAAGAUUUAAAUCUUUUGAUGUACCUACAGACUUAAUGCAGUGAGAAAAAAAUUGCAAAAAGUCCUUAUCGGCCAAAAAGGGAUUGUUUUAGUGAACUGCACUUGCCGCGUUUACAAAUGCUUUUUUCAUUCUUUCUUUUUUUAUGAAGUAACUAAUAUUUGGGUUCUUACAAUGUAUCUUUCCACUGUUUUCGAUUUAAGUUAAAUUAUAUGUUGAAAGCAGCAAGAGGUUUUAUCAGCACGGCAAGAUAUUUGAGAAGAGACCAAAUGAUUGAUGGACAUUGUCACUUGUCAGCUGGUGAAUUUGACGAGGAUCGAGAUGCCUUAAUUGAAGCAGCGAAGCAGAUAGGAGUUAAAGCUAUCAUCGCAGUGUGUGAGUUUCCUGCUGAUUUCAACAACGUUUUGUUCUUGUCACAAAACUACAAAGAUUUCGUCUAUCCUUGUAUAGGCGUUCAUCCAGUGCAGCUUGGUAACAGAAGUGUAACGUUAGAGGAUUUUGAACCUGUGAAACAAUUUAUCCGAAAGCACCAUGACUCUCUAGUUGGAAUUGGUGAGACGAAGACGUUGGGCGGUUUUUUAGUUAAACUUAAAAAAUCGUUUGCUCUAGCAAUUAUGUUUCGCGUUAUAUUUGUUGCAUUAUUUUGCGUGCAUCGCGUAUUUUCGGUCGGUCUCUACAACAGUUUUUUAACUCGCAAAAUAGCCAAGACAGACAUUCUUCGAGAAAUCCAAGUGUUUACAUACACGGAUUGUUAUAUGACGUGCGAGCUCGACCCGGAAUGUUUUGUUAUCGGCGUUAGAGAGCAUGAGCAUACAGACGAAUUAAAGAAUUGUGUGUUGAUCAAAAAGGAUUAUUCAACUUCUGCAUCAAAUAAUGAAACGGUGGAGAUACUGACAACAUGUGAGGAUUGUCUGUCAGAAAGUUUGUCAAGAGUCACAGAAUAUGUUCCUGCGCCGCCCACUGUCGCUCCUACUACAGGAAGUAUUAGUGGUGGUGGUGGAGGUGGUAGUGGUAGUGGUGGAGGUGGUAAUGGUAGUGGUGGUGGUAAUCUAAAUAGCACAGCCACGGGGUUUUCGAUGAUCAUAUCAUCCAGGACAACAAGCGUACCCGUGAUCAUUAAACCUGUCGACAAAACACCAACACAUCUUUCGUUUGCGCUUUGGUUGAAGGUAAAAGCCAACGCAAUCAUUAACUAUUCCUAUUUUGUUGUGAUCUCUUUUCUACCUCCAUCCGUCUGUAACGACAUCAACUUGACGCAAAACAAAAAUUACAAAACCCUUGGAUAUAUGGGACCACGUAGCUCUUCGCACCUGGAUGAAAAAGAAACCAGUAUUGAAGAAGACUUCGGAACGUGGAGACAUGUCGCGCUGAUGUGGGACGUAGCGAACAAAAAGGUUUAUGUUUAUGAAAAUGCCUUGCUGAAAAAAACAAUAGAUUCAAAUCUUGCCGAGUUCCCUAUACCUAUGACAAGUAUCCAGGUCACUUUAGGCAACGAUGUUGAUUUAGAUUCAGGGAGCUGCGCCGUCAAUAAUGAGCAGCAAGGUGUACUUGCGGAUUACACCGAGUUUUUUCUCUGGACCCGAUCAAUCUCUGUUGAUGAAAUUAAAGAGGCAUACAAUCACAAUCCCAAUUUGGAUGGUGCUUUGUUUACAUGGAAUGAUUUCCACGCCAGUGUUUUGAAUGCUGGACUUAAAGGACUAUCUCCAUUUACUAGUGAUUCAACUACUGUGACGACCCCAGUGCCCUGCCCUGUAUGCCCUUCUGGUAAACGUUGUCGGGCUGGUGCAUGUAUAUGUGACAAAGUAGGUUUCGUUGGACCAAAUUGCACAAUUGAUGCGGCAUUUACAGCGACACUUGCACAGCGUACAACCAAGGUGCCGAUUCUAGUGAAAAACACAUCAACGAUACCAACCAAGCUCUCCUUUUCUUUUUUUAUCAUGUUGACUUCCAGUGCUGUCUUCAAGUAUUCCCUCCCAUUGGUGGUCGCCUUUCUUCCUUCCAUAUUCAGCUGCAACGAAAUCUUCUUGGCACAGGGUUACACUUACAAGAUCUUGAUCGAUGAAAGGUCGCUCAUAGUGGACAACACGAACAUACCUCAAGAUAUUGGAAAAUGGAACCAUAUCACAAUCCUGUACGACACUUCUGCAAAAAGUAUUAAACUCUACUUGAACGCACAAGAAGUUUACUCUAAGACUGUAUCGACUCUACCUGUACCUGGGCCUGAGAUGCACAGCAUGAUGAUAGUCCUUGGCAACGAUGCUGAUCCGAGUGGUAGCGAUUGCGUGGUGGACAACAGUAAUCAGGGCAUUAAAGGAAAAUUUACUCAUUUCUUCGUCUGGAAUAGACAUCUGUCUUUAGAAGAAAUUAAAUCAGCAUACUUUCUGGAUCCUCCAUAUGACGGGAUGUUUGUGUCGUGGGACGAAUUUCGCGCUCCGACAGCCGCUUCCGAAGCUACAGUUGAUGUUUUUCCAUUUAACUAAAUUGAUGUCAUCAAUGUUGCAUGUUACAUGGAUGUCUUGCGGUGAUUUUGCUAAAAUCUGAUCUUCGCACGAAUCUUUUUUUUUUUUUUGAAAAUAGAAAUUUUGUUUGUUUAGACUUCGCAAGCCAAGUCCUGCACUAUGAAGGGAUUUUUUACGAUUUUAAGCAAAAUUAGUUAAUUGCAAUGAUUUGUUUUCUGUUAAUAAGAAAAAUAUUUGGGAAAACGUCUCUAAAUGGUCUCGAUUGUUUUUUAAAUGCGAAUAUGGGAAUAUAUUAUAAAAAUGUUAAAAUUUUUAAAUCACAGUUUUAUAUAACAAUUGAUUCAUCCUUCGGGAAAAAAAUCUUCCUGCUUUUUUUCAGCUUUUUGUUUUUGCUUCUAGCUUAAAAAUUUCUGUCUGUCUGUCUGUCUGUCUGUCUGUCUGUCUGUCUGUCUGUCUGUCUGUCUGUCUGUCUGUCUAGGUGAAGGUUUUAUAUGGUUUAAUAGUAUAUAAAUGUUCUCAAUAUUUUGUGAGUUAGUAGUUAUAAGUAUCUUUAACCUUUUAUGUGUGUUUUCUAUUAAAAAAACAACGUGUAUAUGGUUUCCGUAUUUUUGCGACAUAACUAUGGUUACCGUAAAUUCGCGAAAUAGUUAUCUUUUGAGUGGCUGCAAUUUUUGAGAGCUUGUAGUGUAAGUGAACUUCCAUAAAAUUAAAAGAGAGUCUCUGAUGUUAACAUCGUAGUGUCAGAACAAAAAAACGCUUUAAAUCGUUGUUGUGUGUCAUUAAAUAAUGGAUUUAUUAGUGUCUUUUUUGCGGCAUUUCAUUGGUUAUUUUUAAUGACGUGCUCAGCCUACACGAGGCCGUAUUACCAUCGAAACGUGACGAAAACAAAACGAAUGUAAAGACAAAUGCAUUCUUUGAGCUCUUACACCGCCACAAUACAGCAGAAAUAUCGAUUGUUUAAGAAAGUAGAAUUUCAGUAAACUUGAUAUAACAUAACAGCAGAAUUGAGUAUCAUUAAAUGUAAAACAAAGUUAUGUACUUCCAUUCCUUUGAAUAAUGUAAAAGAAAUUUCUCGUUUUUUGGCUCUUUUUCUAAAUGGGUAAAGAGCAUCACAUUUUUUUAGUGCUCUGCAAAAAUUUUACUUUGCAGGCGUGCAGACCGAGUAACCGACGUCGAAAAUGCGCUAGCUGCACUUUCCGCAACGUUCGCAUCAUGGGACAAUCCAUUUCAUCACCCGGGAAGGUCCGAGAUAUGGCGGCACCAAUAUUAUUUCUGUUAUUUACAAACGUAAUUGUAUCAAUAGUCACACCAGCCAAUCAACAUAAGCCCACCGUAAUCCUCCCCCUCCCUUGUAGUACUGUUUGAGCGAAAUUCAAAUUUAGUGAAAGUUUAGCUGAGUAUCCCGGCUACAGGUGACUGUCAUUCUUAAUUGUCUGAUAUGAUAGUACUUCAAACUUCUGGAUCAGACAUUUUUGUCAUUUGACUUAAUGCAGGAAGAUUACUUCUUUUAAUAAGGUAAAAUAAGGUCAACGUGAAAAAAACACGAAAACGAGGUAUGUUUAUUUGUAGGGGUAAAACUAGGUAAUAGGGCAAACAUAUCACAGACGGAUUCCGAGGCUAAGUGUGAUGUCGAACAACUAGUAAGCUAGUUUCAUGUGGCAGGUCUACUUAAAAUGUUGCUGAAUUGAAUUCUUUCGAUGGGGAGUCCUGCAUCACUUUUCUUUGCAGCACACAUGGUUAUACUUCCUAUGCAUUCCGCCUUCCCAUUAUCUUUACCACUACUCCUGACACCAUCGUAUGACUCCUCCCACCCACAUCACUACCCACAUCAUUUUAUCACCUCGCACCACUUAGAGGGGGCUUUUGGUGGUUAAUAUU